UCAGCCUUCCCCAAUUCACUCCACUUCGCAUAUCACGAUGCCCUCGCUGCCACAGACCUUGGGAAAGAGGCAAUAUGGUUACGGAGGAUACUAUGGAGACGGUAAUGGGCUCGGAUACGGAUCUCGGGUUGGAAUUGGAAUUGCAAUUGCCGUCUUUGUCGUUGCUGUGUGCCUCAUUCUAGCCACCAUUGCAAGGAAACGACGUGCUCGCCAUGCAGCCGCCCUCGAGACCAAUGGUAACGCAGCCUAUGUCCCGCACAAUGGUUACUCGAGCGGGUAUGCUGGACAAAACUAUCAACAGCAACAGCAGGGUGGAUAUGGAGGGUAUCAGAGUGGUUACCCGGAGCCACAGUCGCAGAAUGGAGCGUAUGGAUACCCACCGCCUCAAGGUCCUCCUCCGACGAAUUCUUACCAGCAGGAAAUGGUCGAUGGAAACGUGUAUGCACCCCCGCCUACCGCACCGCCCCCUGCCUACAACACGGCUGGCAAGAACAACGUGUAACGCAGCUGCGAUGUGGGAGGACCGUAAAGGUAGCAUACACCUCAAAUGUAGCUACUGACGCUAUGCAUCAUCUACUGUCGUCGUACCCGUGCCUUUUCGGCCCUCCACUCCGCAUCCUCUUGAAGUAUUCGCCUCUGUUACUGCCGCGCCCAGACACUAGUGCACUUUCCGCCCGCCCGCCCCUCUCCUGGAACGCAUGAUUGCAGCCUUCACCUCUCACUCUAGUGUAUGCUCUCAAUUCCUACCUUAUCCACUUGCCUUGCACUGUUGUCAUUGUACACUCUUCCUCUCCGCCUGUCUUCUUGUUCUAUGUAAAUGAUUGGACUUUUUCCAAAUUGAUCAGGAGCC